AUGUGUUCAAAUGAUUCUUCAACAACAACUCGUUCAAUUAUAACAGAUUAUUUCAAUUGGCGUUUAACAAAUAAAACAGCAGCAACAACAACUAAUCGUUUAUAUAUGAUUAUACGUAGUAUAGCGUCGGAUUGUGAAACAAAGUAUUAUUCUCAACAGCCACCAUUUUAUUUUCGUGUUUCAUCAUCAUCAUCAUUAAUCGAUGUGGAAAAUAAUCAUCAUGAAAUAGCUAAAGAAUUAUUCGGCGAUGGAGCAAUAACAUGGAGUCGAAUUAUAACAUUUAUCUCAUUUUCAGCUAUACUAGCUGAAUGUCUUCUAAAUCAACAGCAGCUAAAUAUAGAUUUCGUUAUCUCAUCUAUUAUUGAUUGGACCACAAAUUUUAUUGACGCAGAUCUUUAUAUAUGGCUUGAAAGUCAAAAUUAUUGGGCUGGGUGUUUGAAAUUUUAUGAGAAAACAACAACACAACGAAGAAAUUCUAUUAGUCGUUAUGCAAGUAUUCUUGGCACUUUAAGCAAGUAUGCUAACAUUCGGUGUAUUGUACAUGAAACGAAUAUAAAUGCUGUUGUUAUACUGUAG